GUAGUAAAUGAAGGGGACACCGAGUCACAGGAGGAGUUGGAGGAAAGUCCUACUCCGGUUGUGGAUGAGAAUAAUAUAGUGUCAGCUAAAAAACAGGGGCCAAAUUUACAUAACUGGAGUGGUGACUGGAGCUUUUGGAUUUCAAGUUCCACCUAUAAAGACAGGAAUGAGGAAUACAAAAGACAGUUCACACAUCUACCUGAUACAGAGAAGUUGAUAGCAGAGAGAACUUGAUUGGAUAAAAAUUGAAAAAUCAACCAGCAUAUUGGGAGAUCCCAGGAUGGAAUGCUGACUGAGAAAAGACUCUGAACUGUAUCACAGAUGAAUGACAUAACUGCGCUCAAGGAUGGAUUAUGCUUGUGCUCUUCAGAGGGACAUUUUGCUCCAGGGACGACUAUACCUUUCAGAAAACUGGCUGUGUUUCUAUAGCAACAUCUUCAGAUGGGAGACUACAAUUUCUAUUGCUUUAAAGAAUAUAACCUUCAUGACCAAGGAGAAAACUGCUCGACUCAUCCCCAAUGCCAUCCAGAUCGUUACAGAGGGAGAAAAGUUUUUCUUUACAUCUUUUGGUGCCAGGGAUAGAAGUUACCUCAGUAUCUUUAGGUUGUGGCAGAAUGUACUAUUAGACAAGAGCUUGACCAGGCAGGAAUUCUGGCAGCUGCUCCAGCAGAACUAUGGAACUGAGCUGGGCUUAAACGCUGAGGAGAUGGAAAACUUGUCCCUGUCGAUUGAGGGUAGUGUGCCGCCAAGAAGUCCAGGAAGAAGCAGCUUGGAUGACUGUGGGGAGAGAGACGAAAAAUUAUCCAAGUCAGUCAGUUUCACCCGUGAAUCGAUUACUCGGCUUUCAGAAACAGAGUCAGUCGAUGGAAAUUCACCAAAAGGGGGGUUAGGGAGAGAGGAACUCCAAAGUGAGAAGCAGAUCAAAAAGAGUCCCUCACUAACUUCCGAGAAGAGGUUAAGCAGAGUGGCAUCGAAGUCACUGGACCUGAAUAAAAAUGAGUAUCUUUCUCUGGACAAAAGCAGCACUUCAGAUUCUGUUGAUGAAGAAAAUAUUACUGAGAAAGAUCUUCAUGGAAGACUUUUUAUCAACCGUGUGUUUCAUAUCAGCGCUGAGAAAAUGUUUGAAUUGCUCUUCACCAGUUCACGCUUUAUGCAGAGAUUUGCCAAUUCUAGAAAUAUAAUAGAUGUCGUAUCCACCCCUUGGAAUGUAGAACCUGGAGGUGAUCAGCUGAGAACCAUGACUUACACAAUAGUCCUCAAUAAUCCACUUACUGGAAAAUGCACCACUGCCACCGAAAAGCAGACACUAUAUAAAGAAAGUCGGGAAGCACGGUUUUAUUUGGUAGAUGCAGAAGUACUGACACACGAUGUGCCCUACCAUGAUUACUUCUAUACCCUGAAUAGAUACCAUAUCAUCCGAUCCUCGAAACAGAAAUGCCGGCUGAGAGUUUCCACAGAUUUAAAAUACAGGAAACAACCAUGGGCCAUUGUCAAAUCUUUAAUUGAGAAGAAUUCCUGGAGUUCAUUGGAAGACUAUUUCAAACAGCUUGAAUCAGAUUUGUUAAUGGAAGAAUCUGUGUUAAAUCAGUCCAUUGAAGACCCUGGAAAACUUAGUGGGGUACGAAGGAGAAGGCGAACCUUCAACCGAACAGCAGAAACGGUGCCUAAGCUUUCCUCUCUGCGUUCUUCUGGAGACGUGGGCCUAGAUGCCAAAGGGCACGUUACAGGAAAGAAGAAGCUCAUGGAAAGCUGUAACACGGCCCUUAUUGUGGUGAUGAGUAUUUUUUUGCUCUUGCUAGUUUUGUUGAAUGUGACUCUGCUUCUGAAGCUGUCAAAGAUCGAAUAUGCUGCUCAGUCCUUUUACCGUCUCCACCUGCAAGAAGAGAAAUCUUUAAAUUUAGCCUCUGAUAUGACGUCAAGGGCAGAAAAUAUUCAGAAGAACAAAGAUCAGACACACCGUUUAAAAGGAGUGCUCCGAGACUCCAUCCUGAUGCUCGAACAGUUGAAGAGCUCACUCAUUAUGCUUCAGAGAACCUUUGAUCUACUAAAUAAGAACAAGACGGGCCUGGCUGUCGGAAGCUAGCGAUGUUAAGGACUGAAAUUGAGAGAUGCGUGGAACUAAAAGAAAACAUUGUGAAGAAAACCAGAGGAUGAAGGAUUUUAAUUUUCAGAGGAACAUUUCCAUAUUUUCUCAUUAUUGGUACUUAUAUUAUGAAUAUUCCCUUUAAUAACAUUUAUUUGAUAAUUAGUCUCUGAUGGCCUUAUACAUGUAUAUAUGUAUACUUCUAUACAUAAUUCUAAGCUGUGAAUUUCUCCAGUGAAGCAUGAAAUAUAUUGUGGAUUUGAAUUUCUGUGAUAAAAAAAGAAAGCGAGACACUCUGAGUAGUAUGACUUCAUUUUUCAGUGAGGUUAGAAGUAUGAUGCUUUAAGUUUAUCUGUUAGCAGAGAACAGGGUGUGUCCAAUAGGCUGCUCUCACAGUUGAGACACAUUCUAGAGGCUAAAGAAGACCAUAUAAGGGGAAACCUCUAAAGCACUACUAAUUUUGAAGGAUCAGUUUUCAGGCAUAUAUUAUAACAUUUCUAGGUUUUUGUACUGUAAAUAUUACAAUGUCUUCAUUUAUUUAGCAUGUAAAUUCAAUAGACAAACCUUUUGAAUCUGUAUGUUGUUGAUGAUGAUCUGAAAGUUUCUUCAGCCGUGUUGUAUCUCUGAAGGAAACAGUGGUUUCUUCAGGUACCUGUCAGAGGUGAGAUCAUCUUGCCUCUUCAUAUGUCAAAUGUCAGAAGAGUCAAUUUCGGAAAAGGAUGCAUGUAGGAUACUGGUACUCAAAAUGAAGAACCAUGCUCUGAGUUUUAAAAAUCAGAAGCCGUUAAAACUUGGGCAUUUAGUGACAGAUCAAAUGAAUACUUGAACUGAGCUUGGCUUCACCUUAGCAUUCUUUCAUGGUGCAAGUGAGCCAUCUGGUUGAAAAUAACUUGUGGAUUAGUUUUCAGUAGCCACGUAUGGCUUCCUUUGUUAAUGCGUGUGUGCAGCUUGUUUUAGUCAGUAAGUUAUAAGGCAGACACCAACUUUAGCUCUUGAAUAAAAAACUUUUGGGGCCCUAUCUCCCAGUUACAAGUGCACUGACUGAAGUUGUAUGGCUCACACAAGCUUUGGCUCUUUCAUAAAAAGUUUUUAGGUGGAUAUAUCUCGAUACAAGUGACCUCUGGAACAAGAAGGACAGUGCAGAAUAAUUUGUCUGUAUUCUUAUUUGAACAACUAUUGCCUUUAUUUAAAUGUUUCUUUUUUUCCCCAUAGUCACCACCGCCACAUGGGUUUGGCAGUUAUUUUUGAGAUGUCUAUAGCGAAUGAAAGUACUGACUCCAUUAGAGGGAAAAUAAGUUUCUCUGGGUGAAUCCCAGCUAACCUACCUCGGGGUACCAGUGUACCGACCUGGGGGUUUUUUGAUAAGGAUUUAUGAAGUGUCUGGCUCUGAGCAAGAGUGACUGGAUUAUAAACUUGAAACCUUGUUUUCUGUUAAAUUCACAAAAAUGAUCAGUGACAAGCUGAAUAUUUUUGUGAUGUUUCUUUAAAACUUGUACUUCAUAACAUACCUCAAAGAAAAUUACCAAAGUUGCAUUAUAAAUUACAACUAAAUAUGUAUGUAUGCAGAAUUCAAUUAAUUGUAUUUAAGCCUGUUAUGUAAAUUGAAUAUCAAUAAAACCCCCAAACUUC